AUGUUCCGCAACGUCCUGCAGCGCGAUGCGUGGGCUUCGCGCUUAUACCCAAAGUUUCUGAGCCCAAAAGGCGUGCGUGCAUACAGUACUCCGUCAAAUGCCACCGGAGCCGAUCUAACAAAGCCUGCUUCCGGUGCAGUUUCGUUGGACGACUUUGUUCCGCCGGUAGAGGCAAUGAAGCCUACACAUGGUGUGCAUGUUGCAACGCUCCAGCUGAAAUCGUAUAAUGCCAAAAUGUUUGACCUCGAUUUUUUUGCAGACUUUGCUGUGCGCGCGGCAAACGCUUUCAAGGUUCCCUCGGGCGGCAUAGCUUCGCUACCUAUACGUACUUCGCUUUGGACGGUGCCGAGGGGCCCAUUUGUGCACAAAAAGUCACAGGAGAACUUUUGGCGCCGGACACACCGGAGAAGCAUAAAACUGUACGACGCGAGCGAUGCGACAGUGGACCGUCUCCUUCAGUAUCUCCGCAUGCAUGAAAUGCCGGGCGUGGCAUCCAAAGUGUCUCUCUUUCGCCGCUACCCUCUCGGAAUUAUGAAACAGAUCGAAAAUACAGAUGCUACCAAGACGCAGAGCGAGCAAUCCGUGCGCGAGAUGGCGGAUGAAAUUUUGCGCUUGUACGAAGUAGAAAAUUCGUAA